AUGGUCGGUAAUAUAGGUUGAGAUUAAUUUUUUUCCUCCUAUCGCAACGUGGAACUUUUUUUCAAAAACAAAAAUUCAAAAAUGGGCUCCAUGAUUUGAGUGAAAUUUUCAUGAGGCUCUGAAAAACGCGACAAAUGGAAGUCGUGAAUAAAUGAAAAGUUUUUUUUCGAAUUUCGUUCAAAAAAGGUUGGACGUCUUUGUUUGGCAAAAAAAGAAAACGAAAAACAAGAUAAUUAUUGUUAAAAUUAGAAAAAAGCGUUCAUGAUGGGACGCGGAAAAAAAAUCACAGUUCAACUGGACCAAAAAAAAUGUGAAAAUCUUGUUUAAGAUGCAUAGUAUUCCUAUGAAUAGAGUGUUUGAAAAAUGAUUUUUUUAAGGGUUAGAAAACUUGAAGCAAUUUGAACAGGUAUCAAUUAUUUUUUUAAAUGAUUAUCAGUUUUUAAGGUUUGCUUUUUUUCAAUUGUACGAUUGGUAUAAAAAAAGGGUUUCAGGUAUAUCAGGCGAAAAAAAGUUAAAAUUGAGGCAAAAAAAGGAUAAAAAGGGGAACUCAUCAAUUUUUCUUAACUAGUUUGAAAUCCAGGAGAGUAAUAAUCAAAUUUCUACCGAUUUUACACUUCGGAAUUCAAAAAAUUGGAAACAGGAAAACUUGAAACUCUUGUAGAAGUUGAAUAAUUUGUAUUCAUGUGAAGGAAAAUUAUUCAAUUUUCGAGAAACUUCUUUGAGCUAAUUAAAAAAAGCAAACUUCAAAUUGAAAUGACUCAUUUUGUGGAAAAAAAUUUUCACGAUUUUAAAAAAAUACACCACGUAACUUCUACUUCUUGUGCGACUUUCUAAACCAUAUUUUCGUUGGAUAUCGAAGUUGUUCAAGUCCGACAAGCCCAGCUGAGCGGCGGAGCACCAAAUCUCAGGAAACAAGGACCACCCAAGAAGUUACUCUCGAGAAAAGGGUGUUCGAGGGCAAAUAUCUAAAAAAACCUUCGUUCCCGAAAAGCCACAGAGUUUUUGCUCAUGUUACGCCAGGCGCCUCCACACUUCUAAUUACGUAUGUAGCAUUGGCGCCUGGAGAAUGCCCAUAGGCAAAUACAACAUUUUUAGGGAAGAUGGGCCGGUCUGCGGCCGACCGUCGGCUAUAAAGGCGACGGUUGGCGGCUUGCCUGGAAAACCGUUGUGAGUUGUUCACGUUGCAGAGCACAGCACCUGGCUGACGUCAUGACCCUCCGAGUCGGACUUCUUCUCGUUUCCUGUGUCCUUCUUGUUCGAUCGGCGUCUCUUUCGCGUAGUAAGCGACAGUAUGCCAGUGGUUCGUUUUUCAAAGUUUAUUUUAUUAUCUUUUAAUUUUUUAAACUUUUCGUAUGCAUUUGAUCUUUGUGUACUUAUCUCUAUCGCUAUCAUCUCGUUAAUAUUUUUUUGAAUUUUUUUCAAUUGUAAGCUCAAACUUUAACUUUGAUCGAAUUGUUAAGAUCUCCUCAAAUUUACUAAUUUUUUUCAAUUUAUCAAAAAAAUUUUUUUACUUGAUGAUUUUACUUGUCGAUUGGAAAUUUUGAAAUUUCAAGCUUCUUUUUCAGUAUGAUAUCGCCUGAAGAUCAAAUAUUUGUGAUAAUCCUUUUUUUCUGUUCUUUAUUUUUUUGAGUCAGAAGAGUUCUCCCUGGCCUUGCUUUUAAAAGCUUGUACAACUUUAAAUCUUUUCUCUUGUAUUUUUGAGUAGUUCUUAUAGCUUGCAAGUCUUCCUUUACAACUUUGAAGAUCAGAUGAGUCUACCAAAAUCUCAUUUUGAGAAAAUUUCGUUUCUCGAGCUUAUAGCUAAUUCACGGCUAGCUUGAGCCAUUGAAAAAAGGGUCCUGGCACGAUAAGAAAAGAGACAGUACCUGUUUGGUGGAUAGCGCAGACAGACCGCGCUCCUUAGCGUCCCAAGUAAGCCGUAAAUGGGUUCUACAAAAAGAUAGUCUUGAUGGUCGUUGCCUCAAAAUCUGAUUUUUUUCAAUAUGAAUCAAUUUUUCAGCAUCAUACCCCAUUUUUCCUAAAUUUAAUUUUUUGUUGCUUUGAUAUGAACUUUAUUCAAUUCAUUUCCAAAAAGUAAAAAAUCCGCAAAAACUCGACUCCAAAGCACAUGCACAUCCGCCGUUAUUUUCCUGUCGGCCAGUCUUUUUUCGACGCUCGGAGCCCUUUUAACGCAUCUUCGACCGUCCUUUUGUUUACCCAAUCAUUAUGUCCGUGUAAUCUCUUGUCGGACAUAGGUGUGAACAAAAAAUUGCCGCCUGUUCCUUCCUGUUUGGCCGGAAGGAGGAAGAGAUCUUAGGUGUUUUCCAGGAGGGUGAAACAGGGAUUUAAGAUAGGACAUUUCAAAUUUCUUUGUUCUCUUGUAAAUAGGUAACCGAUCUUGAUUGAACUCUGCUGAAAUGGGUGGAGUGAAUCUUUUUUCUCAAGAAAGAACGAUUUAUUCCACUUUCCCAGCUUUCUUAAGGUUCUUUUUGUUGACAAUUUUUUCUUUUUUCUAUUUCUCAUGUCUUUCUAACCUGAGUCAUACUUCUGUUUUACUGGUUUGUGUAACCAAAAUCUUAAUGUGAAGAACGAUUUUGAAAGGAGAUUAGAAACCCUUUUUUUUCUUACGAGGCUGACGAGUUCAACAUUUUUUAUAAAAAAAGUUUUUUCCAAGAUUUUCUAUUUUCUUACAGUGCCGCUCUACUCGUCCUGUAACGAAUACGUAGCAUGUGCACCUCCUGCCGUCUGUUACUCAGGUUUUCUCUUGAGAUUUCGUCUCCCAACCGAGAUUUUUGAAUUGAAGGACAUUGUCAAUGCGCUCAACCUUAUGUCGUUUCUGGAGCGGCGUGCGUUCAGAGCGCUCCAGUGGUAAGUCUAUUUUACCUGGACAUGAAAAUGUUGAGCUUUGAAAUAAAAAAGCAUGAAUUCAGAGCAGAAGAAAGUGUGAGGCAUAAUGUGAUUUAAAAAUCAAAUUGUCUUGGGAGUUCAUUUUUUUUAUUAUGACUCGAGUGUUUCUCAAGGUCUUAUUUUAUCAUCGAAUUGACUGAGUUUUGUGCUUUCAACUUUUCGAAUCGACAGGAAAAAAAAAAUCUUUUCUUAGGUUAAACUUCCGCUAUUCUGCAAAAAAAAAACGCCAUAGAAGCUCGUUCAAGCCCAUUAUUCAUUCAAACAUUGUGAACGAGUUGAAUGGCGUGCAAAAAAAGAAAUUCAACUGAAUCACGUCAUCUGGAAGAAAAAUGAGAGUGGGUGUUCGGAUUCGAAUUCGUUCAAGGGGUUCAGAUUGAGAAUAGUGAACCCUGCAAGGAUUAUAUUUCAAAAAAAAUUUGGUAUUUUUUUUUAUUCUCCCAUAAUGCUAUCUUUGCUUUUUGAGCUGUAAUGAACCUUUAAAGAAAAAGUUUUGUGUUUUCUUUUUUCAGUUUGAUCUUUUUCAAACUGUGUAGAAAAAAAUCUAGAAAAAAAAACGUUGGGACUUCACAAUUCAGGUUUUAGCGCGGUCUUCCAACAGUUUUUUUUCGCUAUUUCCGUUUCAAAAAACUAGGCAGACUUUUUUAAAAAAAGCUCUUGAAAAAAAGCUUGAAUUGUGUUUAAAUGACGGAUGGUUCAAUGCAUAUCGAGCCUGCGGAAAAUUGGAUUUUCAAAAAGUAGUUCGUUGAGAGAGUAAAGACGAACAUUUUUGUGAUUAAAAAGAUAAAAAACGCCCAUGAAUAUCAAGAACCCAAACUUCCAUCGGAGAAUUUUCAGCAAGCAGCGCCACUUUCUGCUGCAGCAGGAAUCUACCACGUCGCCGCCGGAGGUUCUCGAGUUUUGAAAAUCAACAAAAAAAUCUGUUUAGCAACACAAACUACGUACCGUCGAGUGUACACGGACGUCGCGACGCCACUAGUCGCCCCAGUUGUCCGACCUGUUGCUCAGCCUGUCGUUUACUAUCCCGCGCAGGUGAAGUAGAAAUCGAAGAAAGAGAGAAUAUGGUCCCUUUAACUGGGACAAAAAUGAAUAGUGGCUACCGCUCGUGAGGUAGCUACCGGGUAGCUGCUUAUUAAUUGCAGUACUGGCCAUAAAGGUAUUUCAACGUGGUUAUUCGAGCAUAAAUUCUCUGAAAGUGGCUCAAAUGACUUGAAACUUUCCACAGAUUUCAAAUCGCUGCGCAGUAACACUUUCUCAAAAGAAAAACUGAUUUGCUCAAGUCAUACCGGAUUUGAGAGCAAAAAAUCAAAAAUCGUGAAAACAAAGAUUUUUCUCUUGAGAUUCGAAAAAUCAUAUCUUCAAAGAGAAUUCGAUUUUUUUCAAUCAGAAAUUUUUUUCCCGGUAAAACAAGUCUUCGAUUUUCUAAAAAACUUAAUCAGAACCGGAAAGAAUACGCUCGUCAGAAAUUAUACUCGUUAGAAUCGCGAUACUUCCCCGGUAGUAUCCCGGUACCAUAGAGAAAACUGCCCAAUCGCAUACACUCUUUUUUUUUCAUUACAAACUUUAGAUUGCUCAGCCUCGUCUUCACAUUCACGACACAACCGUGAUCCAGCAGCAGGUGCCAGUUUACUGUGGAGUUCCACCGUGUCCUCAACAGCCCGAGACUCCUUCAUCCCAGUGUAAAUCACAUCAAAAAAGAUUCAGAAUCAUUUUACUCUCAAAUCCUCUCACUUUUCAGCUUCAACCGAAACCCCUGGCCCAGAAUCCACCACUUCACCUUCCAGGUUUCUUUUUGAUCUUCUACUUUUGCUUUCUACGACGAUGAACGAGUCCCAUUAGGCGGCCAUUUUAAGAAUUACGCAAUGCAAUUUCGUUGAUUUUUCGUGGCCGGUUCUUGACAUAAAAGUCCAAUAAGAUCAAAAACUUAACCUAAAGCGCAGAGUUCAAUUAAUUAACGCUAUCCAAUGAUUUCAGACAAUUCGAUACUCCCGGAUUUGCUUAUCCAGGAGAAUUCUGCCAAGAGACCGUCAUUUGUGUUGGUGGAAGCUUCUGCGAGAACGUUAGUGGUUUUGAAGGUUUUUGAGCUAAUUUUUCCAAUUUCCAGAACAAAUGCAUUUGCCGACCUGGAGAAGUGAUUGAAAACCGAGCUUGCGUCCUGGUUUCGCAGGUUUCUGAGAAAAUUUGUAUUUUCAACCAUAUUUUUGAUUUUAGACUGGUGAAACGACCACCACCACCUCCGUUGCUCCAGAAGUCACGACGACGACUACUGAAUCGACGAUCACUGAAACGACAACGACCACCACUGAAGCGCCUACUACUACCACGACAACUACUACUACUACCACAACUACCCCUGAGGUGAUAAAUAGCUGAAACAUUAUGAUGACUGCCCUUAUUUCUUUUCGACUUUGGAAUGAGAUCUCAUGAAGCACAUACAACAAUAAUUUGGAAUUUCUCUCAAUAAUUUGUAUGUCAAGGAUUUAUGAAGUUCUUUAGAAAUAUCAGCAAACCAAAAGUGUUUCCCCCAGAUCCAAUAAUAAACCCGGUCCGAGCUCUCAAACGUUUUAUUCAAUUACUUUUCAAUAAUUAUCUCGAUUACUUCAAAAGUUCUGUGACCUUUACUUUCUUAUUCUGAUAUGAAAAAAAGGUAAAAUAAUUUGCUAGAGUAUAAAAACUAAGCGAAUUCCAAAAAAAUUGAAAAUUUCUAUAAUGCACAUCACUGUUUCAACCUUUUGGAAGAAUCAUUUUUUUUCCGGCCAAACAGGAAGGAACAGGCGACAAUUUUUUUUUCACACCUAUGUCCGACAAGAGAUUACACGGACAUAAUGAUUGGGUAAACAAAAGGACGGUCGAAGAUGCGUUGAAAGGGCUCCGAGCGUCGAAAAAAGACUGGCCGACAGGAAAAUAACGGCGGAUGUGCUUUGGCGCUGUGUUUUGUGGUCUCAAUUUUUUGAGCUGAAUUCCAGAAGCUUCCAUCUAGUGGAUGAAACAUUUUUGGAAAAAAAAUAUAGCAUUUCCGAUUUUUUGUCCUCGAGUGCAAAAAAGCUCUUACUUUCUAUAAAAAGCUCUGGGAACUUGAGUAGUGAUGUUUUGAAAGGGAAAAAAACAUUAUACAACUUUUUUUGAUUUCAUUUAAAAAUGUUUUUCAGGAUUGAUAGAGGGUUUGAAAAGGUUUGAAAAAGGGCCUGUACGUCAGUUUCGAUAUGAACCUUCAAAGUUUAGAAAAAAACUUGAAUCAAUUUCCAGCCAACAACGACGACGACAGAAUCAACAACGACCUCAACGACGACCACCACAACGGUUGCCCCAACGACCACAACGACCGAAGAACCCACGACUACCUCAACGACCGAGGCGCCAACGACCACAGUAGCCACGACGACUACAGCUUUGGCGUCCAGCACGACGACUCCUUCCACGACCACGCCUCAGAUCUUCCAGGAUGAAAUCACGUAUGCUUUGAUGACUCUCUAGAAAUGUGAGGGUACCAAAAAAGUCUCAAAAAAUCGAAAACUUCAUCCAAAAAGGUUUUAUCUUACAUCAGCACGAAGUUCUAUUCAUCGCUGGUUGAGAUAAAAUCGAAAAAGUAUGAAUUUUCCCACAAAAGUUCCUGGGGACAGAGCCUAAGCCUUUCUUCACAACCUCAGCCAUUCCAAAUUCACUCCUGACUUCCCACGUAUUGAAAAAGAAGCUCUUUUUCGAAUUUUCAGUUGCCCACCAACCGUAAGCUGCUGCCAACAAGGUAACUGCCAAGGCCAAGUUGUACGAAUAAAUUUGGUGGUAAGAGAACAUCACUUUUUACGUGAAAUUUCUUUUUUUCAGGUUCCUGGCCAGAGUUGUGUAUUCAAUACACAAUGUUCAAGAGGAGCGUACUGUAGCUCCGGAUCUUGCAGGUAGAAUAAAAAAGUAUCUUCUGGAGAAAAAAAAAUCAAAUUCCAGGUGUGCAAGCAGUUUCGAACAGCGUGGAACAUCUUGUGUCCGAAGAAGGAAAUGA